AUGGAUAACCUCACCUCAAACCUCUCUGUUACAAUCGGGACUGCUUCCACCACCGAAGCCGCAACCGACCCAAUCCAGCUAAGCGUUGCCAUCCGGAAUAACAUCCCAAACCAGGCCAUCACACUCUUAAAGUGGAAUACCCCUCUUGACCCACAAGCAAACGUGCUUGGAAUCUUUGAGGUCCGGGAGGCCGAAUCGGGCAAACUUGUGCCUUCAUUGAUCGUCAAGAUAUCACGCAAACUGCCACCGACCCAAGACGAUCUGGUGGAAAUUCCCGCCAAUGGAGUGAAGGAAACUCAAGUCACCCUAAAGCCAAUGUCCUUGGAUCACGGGGCUCAGUACAAGAUUUCAGCAAAGGGAAGAUGGCAGGCGGUGUGGGCUGGGGGCGUCGAUGAUGUAACUGCGGACCAGUUGGCGGAGUUUUCUUGUGCUUCGUUAGGGGACUUCGAGUCGAAUACAGUAUUAGCAUUGUUUAAGUGA